UCUUCCCCUCAGUGGCUCUGAUCCAGCAUUUCAGUGCCUUUGACAACCCAGAAUUGUCCCAGAAGAGCAGCUCCGGCCUCACCAGUGGCACCUUGGGAAUUAUGGACUGAAAUUCAAGUGCAGAGCUGGGAAAUCUUCCUACAUGAACUGAGCAGGGCGCAGAGAGAGGGAUUUCAUCAGCGACUCCUGGCUAUAAAUUGAUCCCAGGCUGCCAUGGCCACACCAGGACACUGCAGGAGCAUCCAGGGAGCAUCCAGGGAACAUCCAGGGCUGGAGUUUGCCAUGAAGGUCACCCUGGUGCUCCUAGCGCUGGCAGCUCUGUGCCUGGCAUUUUCCACUGCAGAUGCUGCCACAAAGGAUGAGGUGGAUUGCAGCGAGUACAAGAGGCUGGAGAGGGGGAGACCCAUUUACUGCGAGAGGCUCUACCAGCCCUUCUGCGGCUCCGACGGCAAAACCUACAACAACAAAUGUUCCUUCUGCAAGGCUGUGCUGAGGAGCAGAGGAGCCCUGCACAUGAAGCAGGUGGGAGCCUGCUGAGGGAGCUGUGCUGCCAGUGCUGAGAACAGCUCCACAUUCCCUGGAUUUCCUCCAUCCUGCCCGUGCCAAACCCAGCCCAAGGAGAAUUGCCAGCUCUGCUCUCACUGCUGCUUCUCUCUGCUCCAGAGCUGGGCUUGACGCUCCUGCCCUUGCAGCAAAGCUUGACACGAGCAUUUUGUUGGAGAUUUGUCUCCAUGGCUGAAUUUCAAAUCCUCUAACAGUGCCUCAAGUCUCUUCCCCUCUCUGAUUAAAUGUUUUCUUUCCUUUACCCAGAUAUUUUUUCCCAAAGGGUUCAGCUUUCCCUGGCAGUGCUCUGAUUCUCCCAGUUUUGUAGCUGAAUUUUAAAUGUUUAUUUUUCAGCCCUCUCUGUACAAUUCUGGUUCCUGUGUGUUGUUCAGCUACCCAGUGUGCUUGUUUAUUAAAAUAAACCUUGACUCUUUUUAAUUUUUGUUCA